AUGAGACUGACAUUUGCGACUCUGCCCAUCAAGGAGAACCCUUGUGCCUCUGUGUCUAGUGUCACUGUUGCUCUGUGUCUUCUCACCCUCCUCCUGAUGGCCCUCAGGGGCCGAAAGAGUCACCACCACUACUCCCAGCUGGAUCACACAAGAUAUCCUCCUCCUCCUGGUCCCACACCGUGGCCCCUUGUUGGCAAUCUGCUCCAGAUGGGGGACCAGAUUCAUCUUUCUCUCACCCGUUUGAGGCUCCAGUACGGCGAUGUUUUCCAGAUGCGUUUGGGCUCUUUGACUGUCGUGGUCCUGAGUGGAUACAACACCAUCAGACAGGCGCUGGUUCGGCAGGGAGAAGCUUUUGCCGGCCGACCUGACCUGUUCACCUUCUCUGCCGUAGCCAACGGGACCAGUAUGACCUUCAGUGAGAAGUAUGGACCGGCCUGGAUGCUCCAUAAGAAGCUGUGUAAGAAUGCCCUCAGGUCUUUCUCCCAGGCUGAGCCCAGAGGGUCCGGUGCCACCUGCCUGCUGGAGGAGCAGGUCUGUGCUGAGGCAGCAGAGAUGGUGCAGGUGAUUCGGGAACAGGCUGCUGCUGAAGGAGAAAUGGCCGGUAUAGAUCCAGUGAAGCCCCUGGUGACCUCAGUGGCAAACGUUGUCUGUGCCCUCUGCUUUGGGAAAAGGUACGACUACAACGACAAGGAGUUCCUCACUAUUGUUCACAUCAACAACGAGGUCCUGAGGAUCUUUGCAGCGGGGAACCUAGCUGAUUUUUUCCCCGUGUUUCGCUACAUUCCAAGUCCAUCUCUGAGGAAGAUGGUCCAGCACAUUCGCAGGAUGAACGGAUUCAUGGAGCAGAGCAUCGAGGAACACAUCAAAACCUUUGAUAAGAACUGUAUCCGGGACAUUACAGACGCUCUGAUUGCACUUUGUGAGGACAGAGAAGAAAAUAAGGAUAUGUCUAUGCUCUCCAACUCUCAGGUCAUUCACAGUGUCAUCGACAUCUUUGGAGCAGGAUUUGACACCAUCAUCGCUGGUUUACAGUGGAGCCUGUUGUACCUGAUCAAGUUUCCUGACAUCCAGGACAGAAUCCAUCAGGAGAUAGACGAACACAUUGGCACAGCCAGACAUCCGAGGUUUUCAGAUAAGCCGAAGAUGCCUUUCACAGAAGCAUUCAUAUAUGAAGUUUUUCGUCACGCUUCAUAUGUCCCUUUUACCAUUCCUCACUGUACCACCAGAAACAUCACCCUGAAUGGAUACUUCAUUCCCAAAGAUACAUGUGUCUUCAUUAACCAGUAUCAAGUCAAUCAUGAUGCUGAUCUUUGGGGCGAUGCGGACACAUUUCGCCCCGGACGCUUCCUAGGUUCAUCAGGACUCCUCAACAAGGAUCUGACAGAGAAGGUUCUCAUCUUUGGCAUGGGGAAGAGACGCUGUCUCGGUGAUGGAGUCGCACGCUUGGAGAUGUUUGUCUUUCUCACCACGCUGCUCCGCGGGCUGCGAAUCGGAAGUGUUCCAGGGCAGGAGCUGGAUCUCAGCACCGAUUUUGGUCUGACUAUGAAACCACGUCCAUACAGGAUUACUGUGUCCUCAAGGUUUUAG